AUGCCAGUCAGUAGUUCCCAAAGUGCAACAGUAUUACUUACUAGGUUGCUUUCAUUAAAAGAAAAUUCAUCAUUUCAUUUGAUAUUGGAUUCAUUAACUCAAUCAGCAUUUUAUCUCAUUCAAGAAUAUAUUUACAGAAUUACUCCUAAUUCUAAUAAUAAAAUCAUUUACUUAUCAUUUGAAACAAUUAAUAAACCUGAAUAUGUUAGUGAAUUUAUAGAUUGUUCCAAUUUAUCAAUUCAACAAAUCAUUGAUCAAAUCAAUAUUUUAAAUUCAAAUUCAAAAUCAAAUGAAAAAUCAUUAAUUAUUAUAGAUUCUUUAAAUUAUCUUCCCGAUCAUGAAAUUUCAAAUUUUAUUUCAAAAUUAGUAGGACCUUCAAUUACUGUUAUUGGAAUCUAUCAUACUCAAACACCUAUACCUAUUUCAAAAUAUCCUAAUUAUCCUUCAUCUUUAACUUUAUUAACUUAUAUUGCAAGUACAAUUUUUGAAUUAUAUCCAAUAAUUCCAGAUUCAAUUGAUGAUGAAUAUUUAGAUUCAGCAAUAAAUAAAUUAAAUUUCCCGAUCAAUUGUAAUUUAAAUGAUAAAAUUUUCCAUGUUAUUCUUACAAAUAGAAGAAAAUCAGGUCGUUCAUUAAUUUAUAAACUUAAGAUUGAUUGUAAUAUUCAUGAAUAUAAUAUUUGGAAAGAUGAAAAAGAAGAUGAAUAUAUUGAAGAAGAUGAAAGUUUACUUAAAGAUUUAACCACUUUUAAUUUAACAACAAGUUCAAAACAAAAAUUAGCAAGAGAACAAGUUGAAUUACCAUUUAUGCAAGCUCAAGAAUCUUUAGGUUCUGCUGGUGGUGCAAUUGUAUAUGAAUUUGAAAAAGAUGAUGAUUAUGAUGAAGAAGAUCCAUAUGAAGAUCCUUUUUAA